AUGUUAGAUGAACUAUAUAAAGCAGAACGUGGAGAGAUGGAAAAGAAACUUCAAGCAAAAGAUGAAGUCAUUGAAUCCAAAGACAAAAGCAUACAGAAAAGAAUACUGCGUUCAGUACCAAAAGGAAAGGAAAAGAGUUAUAAGUAUAUGAUAUAUACUGAAGAGUUGGAGAAAGAAGAAGACAGAGAUAUGGUUAUGUUGCAUUUAGUGAGAAGAAACAACAAGAGCUUUUAUGACCUCGCUAAAAUAUAUAAAUCUGACAGAAACUGGUUCUAUCGUGAAAACUUACCGAUUUCAAUGACACCGAAUGAGCAAAUAAAGGAAAUUGUCAAAAAUACUCUUCCUCAAACACACUAUGAUAUUAAAGGUUGCACAAUACUUACAUUCAAAGAAGACUUAACAUUACUGAAGGAAAAAAUAACAGAAUAUUUCGAUAGCUUCAAAGAGGAAGAAUAA